GUUAAUUUCACGCGUUAUGAACACAACAUAAGAGAUACAAUACGAAGAUGAUAUGUAAUCAAACGAGAUAAACGGGUUUAACUAACUCUUUUUCAGCGCUCUUGAACGUCUCAGUACAAACAGCAUGGUGCCGAUAACGGUUAGCCUCACCCGGGUUACAACACUGCUGGUGCGUAAAGGCUCCGAGACUCUCCUGACUGAUGGGUGUGGACAGAGACUUUCCCCAGCCGUCUGAAGGAGGACCAAACCUUCUGCCGCCGAGGCUCAAAGACCGUCGGCAUGGACCCGUCCGACCAGAAGCACUUCACGGCCGCAGACUAUGUGAUAUUUGCGCUCUUGCUCGCAGCCUCCAUCGGCAUCGGGCUGUACCACGCUCUUUCGGGGGGGCGUCAGCGCACCACGCAGGAGUUCCUGCUGGCGGACCGCAGCAUGAGCUGUCUUCCCAUUUCUCUGUCGCUCCUCGCCUCAUUCCAGUCUGCGGUGGCGAUUAUCGGCGUGCCGGCGGAAGUCUACGCUCACGGCACUCAGUACUGGUUCAUCGGCUGUGCCUACUUCCUCGGUCUGCUCAUUCCGGCCCACGUUUUCAUUCCCGUGUUGUACAGACUGCAUCUUUCCAGCGCUUAUCAGUAUCUUGAGCUGCGCUUCAGCAAUGCGGUGCGUAUCUGUGGAACCUUGGCCUUCAUCUUCCAGACAGUCGUCUAUAUGGGAGUUUGUGUGUACACUCCUGCCUUUGCACUAAAUGCUGCCACUGGAUUUGAAUUGUGGGGUUCAGUGCUGGCUACUGGACUAGUGUGCACAUUGUACACAACAAUGGGUGGGUUGAAGGCCGUCAUCUGGACAGACGUCUUUCAGACCGUCGUGAUGUUUGCAGGGCAGCUGGCCGUCAUCGUGGUGGGCGUUCAACAGGCUGGAGGCGUGUCCGAAGUCUGGAGGAAAGUCCGGGAGGGAAACCGCAUCGCUGCUCUGGACCUGAACCCGGAUCCUACCGAGAGACACACCUUCUGGACUCUGGGGGUUGGGGGGGUCUUCCUCAUGCUGUCCCUGUACGGAGUCAACCAGGCUCAGGUCCAACGGUAUCUCAGCGCCCGCACAGAGAAAGAGGCUGUCAGGUCGUGCUACAUGGCGUUUCCCUCCCUGCAGUUGUCUCUGGCUCUGAGCUGUGUGAUGGGACUGGUCAUGUUUGCACUUUACUGUGGAGAGGAUCACUCUGACAAGCUGGCCUCCUCUUCAAAGGAUGCGAUGGUGAUCUACUUUGUGAUGGAUAUGCUGCAAGGUCUGCCCGGUCUGCCCGGACUGUUCGUUGCGUGCUUGUUCAGCGCCGCUCUCAGCAGCAUCUCUUCUGCUUUUAACUCUCUGGCCACCGUGACAAUGGAGGACCUCGUCAAGCCACAUUUCCCCGCCAUGACGGAGGCGAGAGCCACCCUGCUGUCCAAAGCCUUCGCUUUGUCCUACGGGCUGCUGUGCAUGGCCAUGGCCUACUUCACUCACCUGAUGGACGAUUCGGUCCUCCAGGUGGCUUUGAAGAUCUUCGGGAUGGUCGGCGGUCCCGUUCUCGGUCUGUUCUGUCUCGGGAUGUUCUUCCCGUGGGCCAACUCCACCGGGGCGCUGGCCGGUCUGGGAACCGGUCUGGCUUUGGCUUUCUGGGUCGGCAUCGGGAGCAUCGUCGCCCGCGGCGGCUCCGGCGCGAUGCCGCUGCCGGGCAACACGACGUCUGCGCUUCACGCCGCGCUCGCUAAUGUCACUCUGAGCCGACCGUCUGGGCUGAACCGCUUUUAUUCGUUGUCCUACAUGUGGUACAGCGCCUUCGGCUGCGUCACGGUCAUUCUCACCGGCCUGGCCGUCAGCUUCCUCACAGGCCCGAUGAGAGAAGAAGAUGUGACGCCCGGCACAAUCUAUCCCUUGAUGGGGAAACUGAUUUGUCUUCUACCUGAACCUCUGAAGAAGAAGCUCUGCUGCGUGACUCCUCUGGGGCAGACGCUCCCAGCACAACACAAAGAAGACAACGGGCUGGCGUCGCCACGAGAGGACGGGGCGUCGCCACGAGAGGCGGACAGAUUUCUACGCGAGCCUCAAACGGCUCUCGUGGAGCACGAGACGGCGAUGUGACGUGGCCCCGUGACGUGGCGUUGUGAACGCGUUGCCUGUGCGUUGCGAUCAGAGGACAGAACGUGAACGUGAGGCUCCCAGACGCUCUCAAGCGGAGCAUCGGCCGGUCGGCACAAGAGAAGGCAGCGGAGCCCGUUGCUCUUCUACACAGUUUACAUGCACACUGGUCGGCCUCAGGUUCAACCGUCUGUCGGCUCCUCGUGUGUGGAUGUGUCUUUUUACUUUUUUUUUUAAAGACUGUUCAAUGGUAAUUAUUUAAAUUCCGGUGAACUAAAAAGUCAAACAAGAAAACGAUUUCUGCCGGUCGUGAUUAUACUUGACUAAUGUUUAAGUACUGCAGCUGUGUGAAAGGUCCUGAGUGAGAAGAUGAAGCCUCAAUUUUUAACAAUGUAUGUGUGAAUUUGUGUCUGUAUUGCAGCUGAACCACUGAAAGAGAUAAACGGUUUUGUAGUUGU